UCACCACAAGCUAAUCCGCAGACAAUCCACCAUGCGCAAUUUGUAAACAAGAAAUGGCGUUUAAACGAGAGGGCACGGACACAGCGCUGUUGCAAGAUUUGCAGAAACGACGAGUUAGCGAAAUUCUUGUCAGCCACAUACCGGAAGACGAAGCUCUUCUACUCAAUAAUGGAAAAUACGCAUGUACGCUGUGUCCACAUCGACCCGUCCUCGACACCAUUGAAAUGCUUGCCAUGCACAGAAAGGGCAAACGACACUUGAUAAAUUUAACCCGGCACUUGUCACAUACGAAAUGGAAGGAGCAGGAGCUGCAAAAAAGGCUACAGGAAGCGAAUGCAGCCUCAGGAACAGUGGCAACCAGCUUUGAUCGUACCAAACUUUUAGGUUCUGCACCAGUGAAAGCCACAAAGAAAGCACCACGCCUCAAACUCAUGAAAGCAGCACCUUAUAGCAGCUGUUGUAAAAAGAAAGGAGGUGACCAAGGAGGCACUGGUUCCAGUGGAGUGGAAGAGCUGAGGACGCCAGCCGCAUCACAGAAUGCCGAGAACCCUCUAGUCAAGGCGUACAUCAAGAAAACACAGCGAAAGAACAGCUUUGCCAGUGUUGUAGAACAAAGCAAGCGCAGCAGUACAGCGCCGUCUUCCACAAGUCUGCGGCUAGGUGGCAGUAGUCAAUGGUGUGACGCUGACCAGAGCACAGUACAACCUAGGAAGUCUGUUUCCAAGGAGGCCAAAAAAGAUCUUACUGAGGAAGAGGCCAAGGAGAAGGCAAAAGCUCAUUACUUUCUCAACUUGCGAAUGUCUGGCUGGAAGCUGGACAGAGACGGCAAAUGGGUCAAAGAUGAGAAUGUUGAGUUCGACAGUGACGAAGAGGAACCUCCCCCUUUUGAUGAAAGUUCGACUUCCACAUCAUGACAUCUGUUAACGAAAGUAGUUCAUGCGUGUUUGUAUGUAGCGGAAUGAUAAUGAGCACUACUAAGUGGGGCAAAAGCAACAAUGGGAAUUCACUCACACAACGCUGCCUUGUCCCAUUUAGUGCUGCUCAUACUUAUGAUGUCCACUACUUCUGUAUAAAGACAUUCUUUUGCAAAA